AAAUAAAGUCGAAAUAUAGCAGAAAUAUAUUUGAAAUUGAGUAGAUCUUGAAUUAAAAAGAAGGUGCAAGUAAAAAACACAAGGUAAGUUCGAACACACCCCACAACCAUCUUUGACCCUAGGUGUUUAGCAAUUUAAACAAUAUUUUCUAUCUAAUUGCAUAUUUCAAGUAAUUUUAUAAUUUCAUUACUUUAACAAGAUAUAUUACAGCUCUUGAAAUUGGAUCGCAAAUUGCUAAGCACCUUACUUUUACAUGUGUUAGCAUGUAUAUGGAGUGCAUUUCGAUGGAAUAAAUAUGAACAUUAAGUUUUACAAUGAUUUUUAUGGAAUAGAUUGAAUAGAUAUUUAUAUAUAUAAUCUGAUAUUUUAUUCGAAAUGGACUUUAUUUUAGAUAUUAUUUAUAUAUGUGCAAUAAAAUGGAUGGAGAGAUUUCUCUGGAUCAUGCUCACGUGUACACAAUGCGAAAGAACGAUUAGCUUUUUAUUUAAAAAUCACGAACUAGAAAUUCAGCUCGAUCUCUCUGUCCACUCGGAAACCAAAUGUUUACAUGUUGUCGAUAUUAAUAUUCCCACGCUUACGUGAUGGCACUAAAUGCCGCACAUGACCGAUAUUUUAAUUGAUGCAACGAAUACCUAUCAUUUCUCGUUUAUAUCUUCGUGCUUUCCGAUGCCUGCGCUUUACGAUAUUGCCAGGACUCUGUAUUAUUAUAUUAGUGUUGCGAUUAAUUUUAAGAGUCACCAUUUAAUCGACGUACAAAUACGUAUUCUACAAGAUUAUUAGUAAAUUUUGCGCGUGUGGUUACAAUUUUUGGGCGAUAAACUAGCGUGCGCAAUAGUGUUUUGUAACCGAGAAAAUAAUCGGUUAAGAACCAAUCUCGAGGUUGAAGAAGAUCAAGGAUCAUACUUCUUCCAACUUGAAGCUUCUGCAAACAGAAAAAAUUGGCCAUUAAGAGACUGCUGAGUGAAGAGGAUUUUUUGCAUUAUAAACAUAAAGGCGAGUAUCAUUAUUUUAUAUAUUCUAUUUUAUUCUGAUAGAUUGUAUUUUUUGUUAUUUAUAAAACGAUGUAUUGGACAUUUAUAUCAAUAAUGUCGGUAUUUGAGUUUGCAUUGUGUUUGCAAGUUAAAGCGAUGCCAUUUUGCCGACAUCGUAUCGAUCAGAUUUGCGUAUCCGAUGUGAUCUUAUUACAUACAUUUUAUUAUGCACAUCGCUUGCAUCGCGCGUAUUAUUUCGCGCGCUUCUAUACAAGUAUGAAAAAGAUUUAUUGUGACAAAUGUGAAGGAUAGUGAAGGAUACUUUUUAAUUAAUAAUAACCAGGCUUGCAUUUAUAAUUGCGCCGGUUUCACGGUAUAAAAUGAAAUUUUAUUUUGAAACUGUUUUAUCAAGUGUUUAUUGCGCCUCGAAUUGGCUGCAAUAUUUGAUAUAUGCGCAAGUACUUAGGAUAUAUCCUAAGUAUCAUAUCGCGAUUUUUUAACGUUUGUGAAAGGGAAAAAUUAUAUUAUUCAGUCCUGAGUAGAGUGAAUAACUGACAUAUAUGAAAGUUGAUUGCAUUGCUUUUUUUAUGCUUUUGCUAUAUCAAACUUUCAGAUUGUCGUUUUUUACUGCAAAGUACUGAACAAUAAAUUUGAUUUUACCCCUUAUUUUUAAAUAUUUUUAGUGCAUUUUAAUUUUAUUUUCAACAGGUGUGAUAUUUUGAAUGCCGUUUAUAUGUUGAACAUAAAUAUACAUGUGCAUGAAGAACUAUGCUUUGUUUUAUACUGUAGAAGUGAGAAGAAGAUGCCGCAUCAUGAUGGAUUAUUUAUAAAGGUGAGAUUUUUUUACAACUGAUUAAUUUGCGUUUUAAGAUUUUCUCUACAGUUAAAUAGAGUGAUUUUUGAGUAAAAUUUUGCUUUUCUCAAACUCUUUUGCCAAGUUUUAUGGCUUCAUCUUUACUUUUCCCUUCUGCUAUACCAUUAGGGAAUAAAUAUACAGUUUUGUGUACAUAUUUUUAAUCAUUUAUAAUUUGAACGGCAUUAAUUAUUAAUGAAUACAAAAAUGAGAACAGGUGUAUAAGUGUUCUGCAUAUUAUUUCAUAGUAUUAAUAGUAUUUUAUACUAUUAUAUAAGAUGAAUUUUUAUGAAUUCGGAAAGCUUAAUGAAUAUUGAUAUAAGUAGCGAAUGAUGAAACUUCAGAGUUGCUUGACGACAAUUUUUUCGGUUCGCACAUACGCUCUUGUAACGCAUUAUUGCUGCGUCUCAAAGGAUAUCAGCAAUGGCCAAGCACCUUGCACCGGCCACCUCGCAGCACUCACACUUAAGCAUAAGAUCUAUCUCUGUCUUUCUGUCUCUAUCUAUCUAUCUCUCUCUUUCUCUCUUAUCACUGCCUGUAUGCAAAACAUAUUGUAAUGAUCACAAAAUGCAGAAUCAAAAGACAAAGUUGUGUGUGCCUACGGGUCGUUCUCCGUUGCAAUGUCCUUGGGUUUUGUCGAUUUCAGGGAAGGAGCUGAAACUUUCGGCGGAUUGUCAGGGAUGCUGCGUCAGAUUCUCUCGCCCUCGCCCGAGACCGGGGAGGUCGGCAUGUCUGUCAAUUGUAAUCUUCUACAGAGCAACUCCAUAUUCUCCAACCAGCCGUCGAUGCUAUCGUCGACAAUACUCCCUCCGCACUUUCAAUCCGUGUAUCCAGACCAAUCCUUGAUCGAUCAGGUGCAAAUUCUUGCCGAUUCUUACCCGUGUCCCACGUGCGGGCUUGAAUUUCGAGGGGCCCUUAAGCUAAACUAUCACAUGCGAACGAGUCACGCCAUGCGUCCGGAAUACGAGCAGCAUAAUAUCGAGAAUCAGCCGAGAUACUCAUGCGCCGUCUGCUCACGAACAUUCGUUGCGCUGAGCCAUCUGAAAAUGCACGAGGUCACGCACUCUACGUCCGUGACCUCGUGCGCCUCGACCUCCGCGAAUAUCGCACCGCCCGUUAACAUGGACAAGACGUUCGCCUGCGAUCUCUGUCCGGCCAAUUUCCGGUAUCGCACGCUGCUGGAACGCCACCGGAGGAUGCAUCAGGAGGUCGGCCAGGAGAAGCCUUACUCCUGUCCGAGGUGUCUGAUGCGUUUCGAGACCCGCAACCUGUACAACCAUCACGCGAAAACGCAUAGACCGAUGCCGGCGGGCAACGACAGCAGGGUUAUCGGCGCGAAUGCUGUGUCACCCGUCGAGCCUGUGGCCGGCAAUCUCGGCGGUCCCAUAAUCCCUGCCAAAUCUAUGACUUAUCCCUGCGACUCGUGCUCCAAGCAAUUUACCACCGCCGAGUCGUUAACCACGCAUAAGGCAGUACACAGAUCAAGACCGCUGGUCUGCGACGUAUGUGGCAAGGGUUUUACGCAUCGCAAGUAUUAUGUGGUGCAUCAACGCAUCCACACCGGCGAGAGGCCGUAUCUCUGUGCCAUGUGCGGCAAAUCGUUUACGCAGGCAUCGACACUCACUGUACAUCGUCGGUAUCAUACAGGAGAGCGUCCGUACACCUGUACGUUAUGCGGAAAAGGAUUUGUUACGCGAACGAUUAUGCUUAAUCAUAUGAAGAAGCAUUAAAAUGCGGAUUAAUCGAUAUUGAAAUUUAUUGUGCGCGAUUUAAAUUCAAACGCAAUCUUGUGAACAUUUUUAAAAAAGAUGAUAAUCAAAAAAAGUUAUUUAACCUCGGAGUCUCUAAUUUUUCAUCAACAUUCUAGAAAGAAUAAUAUUCAAAAGUAUAAAUUAAUUUUUUUUAAUUAAAUUAUAAUGGAGAUUUUUUGAAAGACUCAAGAAAUAUUUUAAAAUCAAAAUUACAGAUAAUCGAUAUUAGUAUAAUUGCACAGUAAGAAAAUUUAAUAAUGAGUAAAUGGUAUUUGAGUCUAUAUUAAUUUUUGAAAGCAAAAAUUAUUUUUCUGUGAAACUUAUAUAAAUAUUUCUAUUUAAAUUUUUUCUGUUUUCUUUUAAUGAGAUACAAGGUGUUGAUGUCUAAGUGCCUAAAAUGACUCAAGUUACUAAUUACGGUAUAAUAAAUAAAUAUGGAUAUAACGAACGGGUUAAACUGAGGAAGUUAAUUUUUUUAUGAACGUAUUUUACGUGAUAGAAAAUUUAGUAUAGUUUCGGAUAAAAUAUAUCUACUGACUAAUCGAAUCAAAUUCACGAUAAAAUAGGCUAACAAUCUUAUUCUAUAAUCAUAAAUGUUGUCAUCACUGUGAUAUCGUUUGUACAUUAUACGAAAUAUUUAGAUUAAUAAUAGUAUUAUACGAUAUAUAAAUCUCUUUCUAUCUUUCUGAAUGAAAGUUGAUAUAAAUAAUUCAGUUUUUAAUAAAAGAAAUUAGUACCUGCGCAAUGGUUUAAUGAAGAGUGCCUAAAACUUUCUAAAUUUAUUUAUAAAAAGUGAAACUAAAUAUAAGCAAAACGCAUUAACAAUCUGUUUGCGAAUUAAUCAUUUUGGUAUUUUGCAUGUAAAAUUAAAUAUUUAAAUUAAUAAUUUGCUAAUAUAUAGAAAAUGCAGCAAUUAAUUUCAAGAUAAAACUGAAUUUAGGUGCCUUUUUAAUUAACAGUUACCGAAAGACAGGGUCGAGGAUAUGUGUAAUAUUAAUUAUAUAAAUGUGAAUUGUAAGUAUGAAGACGCUUAAAUACUUAUAAUUAGUCGUAGAAAUUACGCGCAAUUCUAUAAUAGAACUAUAGUAAAAUAUAUACUAAAGUAAAUAGCAAUAUUUAAUUAUCUUUUGCAAAUAAUUUUCUUAAUUUUAUUAUUGCCUUAUGCAUGUACUGUUUC